GGGGCGCCCUGCCCGGCGCUGCGCCGCGCAGCCGCGCCCCCCGGAGGUGGAGGCGGGCGGCGGCCAUGGCGGCGGAGCAGCGCUACCCGCGGAGCUCCAUCGAGGAUGACUUCAACUACGGCAGCAACGUGGCCUCGGCCAGCGUCCACAUCCGCAUGGCAUUUCUGCGAAAGGUCUACAGCAUUCUUUCUGUUCAAGUUCUACUGACCACAGUCAUAACUGCAAUUUUUCUAUACUCUACUGGAGUGCAGGCAUUUGUUCAUGAGAGGCCUGCCUUGCUUUUGAUAUCUGGACUUGGAUCUCUGGCUCUAAUCGUGGCACUGACCUUCUACAGACACCAGCACCCUGUUAAUUUAUACCUGCUGUUUGGAUUUACACUACUGGAAGCACUGACAGUUGCCAUUACAGUGAGUUUCUGUGAUGUCUCCAUCGUCUUGCAAGCUUUUAUUCUUACUACUGCUGUAUUUCUUGGAUUGACUGCAUAUACCUUGCAAUCAAAGAGAGACUUCAGCAAAUUUGGAGCAGGCCUCUUCACUUGUUUGUGGAUUUUAAUGAUCUCGGGUUUCCUGAGGCUGUUUUCCUAUAAUGAGACAAUCGAGUUGGUGUUUGCUGCUGCUGGAGCUCUUCUGUUCUGUGGAUUUAUGAUUUAUGACACUCAUUUGCUGAUGCACACGUUAUCCCCUGAAGAGUACAUAGUGGCUGCAAUCAGUCUCUACUUGGACAUCAUAAAUCUGUUCUUUGACCUGCUGCGUUUUCUGGAGGCAUUUAAUAAAAAAUAGUCAAAAGCAGAGUGGUUUGACUGCAGCACAAUUAAAAUGAAGUUUAUGGAUGAUCUGUAAA